UAACAUUUCAAUAACCUGGACUCCUGGGCCAAGUCGCCGUCCCCCAUUCCACCGCCACAUCCAACUCCGCGGCCCGGGGGUGGGGAUGUCUCGGCUCUGUUCCAUUCCCCCAUCCCUGCUUAGCCAACUCGGAGUGGCGGGGGUCGGGCGAGGGCCCAGCAUCCCCCCACCCGCUAAUCCGACAAGAGAGAGCGGGCCCCUUCCGUCCGCAGCUCGGGUCCGCGCCCCAGUCCUGGGGGUGGCGCUGAGCUCGCCGAGGGAGGGUCGACUGGUGGGCGGCGCCUCUCCGGGCUGGAGGCCGCUCCGGGCCGGCGCCGCCCUCUGUCUCUACGGUCCCUCCCUGCUGCACGCCGGCGCUCGGAGCCAGAGCUUCCUGCGUCCCCAUCCCGGUCCCGGAGCGGGUGGUACGCCUUCUCCGCCGCCGCCUCCCUCGACCGAGACCCCCACCCCGAACCUCCGGCCCUGCGAUCACAGCGCCCCGAAGGAGGAAGCCCGUGGUGGGGGUGGGGGGUACCGGAUCGUGGAGUCCCAGGUCCCCGGCCGCCCGACCGUGACGGAGCUGGACCCGCAGCCGCCCGGAUCUCCUGUCUGCGUCCCCACGGGAGGCGUGUGGCCUGGGAGUGCCAAAUUGCAAGGGAUGGUCACUUACAGAAAACCUCUCGGCCGCAGCUGUCCACACAGGAUGCUUCAAAUUUGCUGGAAACCGUCCCUCGGGAGGUCAGCCGCUGUUUCUUUAGGGCGGCACUAGGGAUUUCGUUCCGUGCGUCGAACGGGUUUUUGUUGCUGCUGCUGCUGCUCCCAUUUAUUUAUUUUCUUUCUCUACACCGGGCCUCGCCCCACUCCCACUGGCCUGAUGGCCCAGUCUAAGGCCAACGGCUCCCACUAUGCACUGACCGCCAUCGGCCUGGGGAUGCUGGUUCUCGGGGUCAUCAUGGCCAUGUGGAACCUGGUGCCUGGGUUCAGCGCCCACGAAAAGCCGACCGCUCAGGGGAACAACAAGACGGAGAUAGGCAGCGGCAUUCUCAAGAGCAAGACCUUCUCCGUGGCCUAUGUGCUGGUCGGGGCUGGGGUGAUGCUUUUGCUGCUCUCCAUCUGCCUGAGCAUCCGGGACAAGAGGAAGCAGCGGCAAGGCGAGGAGAUGGUCCACAUCCAGCACCAGCCGGGGGUCGAGCCACACGCCCCGGAGGAAGACAGCCAGGAGGAGGAGGAAGAGGAGGAGGCCUCCUCCAGGUACUACGUCCCCAGUUACGAGGAAGUGAUGAACACCAACUACUCAGAAGCGAGGGAACUGGACCAGAACCCCAGGAUGAGCAUCUCUCUCCCCUCCUAUGAGUCCUUAACUGGGCCUGAUGAGACGAGCCCCACGGCUGCCAGGGCCAACGCGGAGGCCAGCCCGGGGCAUCCGCCCGACAGGCAGAACUCCAAGUUGGCCAAACGCCUAAAGCCACUGAAAGUUCGGAGGAUUAAAUCCGAAAAGCUUCACCUUAAAGACUUCAGGAUCAACCUGCCGGACAAGAACGUCCCUCCUCCCUCCAUCGAGCCUCUGACUCCGCCACCACAGUACGACGAAGUCCAGGAGAAGGCUUCUGAUGCCAGGCCACCCGACUGACAGCGCCGUUCAGGUGUGUCCCUCCGAUCACUCACCCUCCACACCACGGACCCCCAGUGAAGCCACUUCAGCAGCAGUGGAGAAGCGGAGGGGCCAAACAUACACAGACUGAUGUGGAUGGGGGUAGGGGGUAAGGGGAGGGGCGGGGGGAUCCGGUCACUAGGGACUGACCGACGUCCGUGGGACCUCACGUGGCAGGUGCACUGGGAGGAGCUUCUGCCUCGGAUCUGGGAUGUGGACCCGGUCGGGGGCGAGGGGUACGCACCUUCCCUGUUGUUUCUCCCCAACUCUGAGUUGUUGGCAACAAUACCUCUCUUUCCAAUCUGGAAAGGACGCCAGCAGCUGGUGUAGGUUGUGAUUUUGUUUUGCUUCCACUAGGACUGUUUUGUUUCAAAAAGAAAACAAGAUAGGCCUUCGCUUUCUUCACCAGAGUCCUGCCUGAGCUGUGGGCAGGAGAUGUGACUCAGCUUUCUAGAAAGGACGCGGGGCUGUCCCAUGAAUGAAGCAAAACAAGGGGCUGAUCGAUGGUGUGGGGGUGAGGCCCCCUGACGCUGUUCAGAACCCCUGAAGCAUAGACUCUGAUCUUAGACAUUACCAGGCCUCGGGCCCUCCGAGAACCACCUGCUUCAGGGGAGAAAUAGGAGAGCUAUAUGAGAUAUUUUAUUCCUUCUAAAAUGCCGUGCAAGUGAGCUUUUUAUAAUAAAAUAUUUUAUAUGUA